CUUCUCUACUCUCAACUCAUCUUGAAUGGCAUUCUCUGGAGCUCUUACACUGACUGAUCUUAAUGACUUCCUAACCCCAUCUCAAGCAUGUAUCAAGCCCGUUGAGCAGGUGAACGAGACGCAGGAGAUCAUUGAGCCUGGUGCCGCUACAACCGAAAUUGUGAUUGACUCCCGUGGAUCAUACUACGAAGUCUCAGCAAACGGUGUAUCCACUAAUACAUCUUCCAAGGGCACAGAGCGGAAGCUCCAGCAGGCCCAGAUCAGCUUGAACGAUUGCCUUGCUUGCAGCGGUUGUAUAACAUCGGCCGAAUCCGUAUUGAUCACGCUACAAUCCCACACGGAGGUCCUUAACUUCUUGGACUCCAAUCCUCCAAUUUCCACGCCAGGUCACAAGAUUCCGGUGCUCUCCAUUGCGCCACAGACCCUCGCGUCACUCGCAGCGUCCCUCUCGUCGUCAUCCGGUUCCCAUGUGAGCCUCCGUCAAAUACUAAGGAAAGUGCGAGCAUUCUCUACACGAAUACUUGGGUUCGAGCAUGUUUACGACAUCACGUUUGCUCGACAUAUUGCUUUGCUCGAGCACACGCAAGAAUUUUCCGAGCGGAAGAACGGAAACGGGAAACUUCCGAUGCUAGCGAGUGCCUGUCCGGGAUGGAUAUGUUAUGCUGAGAAAGCACACUCCGAAAUGCUACCUUUUAUCGCUAGGACGAAGAGCCCCCAACAGGUGAUGGGAACUCUGGUCAAGUCAUGGUUCGGAAAUCGUUGGGGAGUGCAACCAGAUCAGAUUUACCAUGUGUCAUAUUCGACUCGGGAUGUAGACUGCGUAAUCACGACUGGAGAGCUCGAACUUAUGAUGCGCGACAAAGGCUGGGAUCUUUCACAGACAGUAGAGAACGAAGGUAUCCCUGAUGUCGACACUGAAAUCCCAGAGCUCCUGUCACACCCUGGGACCAGCUCUGGAUCUUACCUACACUCUCUCAUCAAUUCUAUCACCGCAAGCUACACGUCCCCUGUGGACCUUACCAUAAAAUCCAUCCGUACAUCUGAUUACGAAGAAUUCACUCUUCGCGCUCGGGACACCGGCGAGGUGCUUUUUAAAGGCGCAAAAUGUUAUGGUUUCCGUAACCUACAGAAUGUCGUACGUAAGGUAGGUCGUGAGGCUGGUGUGCAAGUUGGGAGGGGUGCUGCUGGAAGGUUGGUUGGGAUGCGUGCAAAGAAGCGUGGUGGGGAGGACGAGAAGGGGUAUGAUUAUGUCGAAGUGAUGGCGUGUCCGGGCGGGUGCGUCAAUGGUGGUGGACAGUUGAAACCCAUUGCACAGGUGGCAGGGCAGAAAGAGGAUGAAGAAGGGUUUACGAGGACCUGGGAGGAGAGCGGUGUCCAGAUGCCAGUACCAGGGGAAGAUAGUGCGAUGCAAGGGGCCAAAUGGGGAAACAGAGAGUGGACGAAGGAAGUUGAAAGGGUGUAUUGGCACGACUUGCCUACACCGCCUCCAUCACCGGGACGUCAUGAUCGGGAUCUUGAAACCCCAUUCGUUUGCGGAGACCGUCUUGCGGCUCAGGUCAAGAUGGAUCUUUGUCACCCCACAGACGGAAGCCUGGACGGAGGUUGGGGUUCCAUCAUGGACGAAGAAGCAGAGACACGACGCCGUGAACUGUUUCGGACUCAGUAUCGAGCUGUUGAAAGCGAGGUAGUCGGACUUGCUGUGAAAUGGUGA